AUGGGUAGCCGAGAACGUCAUGAUAGACGGCACGCUUCGUUGCUCGUGAGGAAUCUAAAAUACGAAACAUCUCCCGAUCAAUUACGGUCGGCCUUUGCGAGGUUUGGAGAGAUUCGUGACGUAUACCUCCCUCUGGACUACUAUACUCGCAAGCCUCGCGGAUUUGGAUUCGUCGAGUUUUUUUCUCAUUCCGACGCUGAUGAGGCUAUGCGUGAAAUGUUUGGAUAUGAAUUAGAUGGUAAUAAGAUUGAGGUCUUCGUAGCUAAGCAUGGAAGGUCCGACCCAUACCAGAUGGUAAGCCAAGGUGCCGGGAGACGGCGUUCAUUUCAUCGGCCACGCCGAAGGGAGGCUACGGUUCGUUCAUACAUGCAAGAACAAGCCACCACGGCAGCCGUUCCUAAAGCGGAACUGACAUCCGUGCAGAGAAGUCGUGAGCGUAGGAGAAGAAGGAGCCGCGACCGCUCGUACUCUCGGGAUAGGAGACGCCGUUCACUGUCGUAUGACAGACGUAGAAGGCGUUCGAUAUCAAGAUCACGAGAGCGUUACAGGUCGCGUGAACGGGACAGGCGUGCCUCUAGGUCAAUGGACGGACACUCACCCAGGUAA